AUGAAAGUCCUUGCGAUGAUGGAGAAAACAACAUCAGGGCAUCAACGUUUCAUCUACACGACACAGACCAUUAAGGUUCCACGAGACGUGACGCAUGCCUCUAUCCAUGAAGAAGUUCAGGAGAUUCGACAUGUGACAUUCACAGGCCGCCUUGAGCUGUUGGAAGUAAAUCUAAACAUGGGGCUCCGGAUUCUUGGGAAAGCAGUCUUCAAAGGGUGUCUAUCUUUGAAAAGGAUAUCUGUACCUAUGACAGUGCAGAUCAUUGGCUAUUCGGCCUUCCUUGGAUGUGGAUCUUUGACUGAUGUAGAACUAUUUGAAGGCCUGGAGGAGAUUGCUGAUCUGGCCUUUCUUAGCUGUCGGGCAUUGCAACGAAUAUCCAUCCCUUCAACAGUGGGCACAAUUGGGAGCUGCGCCUUUGGUUACUGCGAGUCAUUGACGGAAGUCUCAUUUCAAGACGGCCUAUUCGAAAUCAAAAGAGGUGCUUUUCAAUAUUGCGUCGGAUUGUCCCGUGUAUGCAUUCCAACAACAGUACAUACUAUUGGAGAGUCCGCAUUCGCCUUCUGUACUGCACUUGUUGAAGCCGAUCUAAAUGAGGGUCUUGUAUCCAUUGAAGCGGCGGCCUUUCAAGGAUGUACGGCGCUAUGUGCUGUCUCCAUUCCACAUACGACAAAUGUUAUUAAAGAUGGGGCAUUUGGGGGCUGCACGAAGCUCCUUGGUGUAGAGUUAGCAAGUUCCAGUUUAUUUAAACUGGAACUUGGGGAAGCUGUCUUCUUGCGCUGUAAUGCGUUGGUCAAUGUUUCUAUCCCUUCCGCUGUAAAUAAGAUCGACAAUGAGGCGAUUUUCCAUGGUUGUCCUCUGUGGGAUGAUGAAGGCACAGACGAUCCGCUCCAAGACCGAUAUGCAAACCUACCUAUCCACGAGGCUUGCUAUCAGGCGUCGAGAACGACCGUUGACGACCUGAAGACUCAACUGGCAGUAUCAUCAUCCAAUGAGAAGACUUGUCUGGUCGAUGCUUUUGGUUUGACCCCGUUUCAUAUCAUUGCAACAUCUUCCAAUCUUCGCACUGAUCUCAUGACAGUACUGUUGGAUCACUAUCCAUUGGAGAUUGUUUCACAAAAGGAUCGCAAUGAAAAGACAAUGAUGGACUAUUUGUUAGCGCACACUUCGUCCAAUGCUAAUCCAAUGAUUCAAAUGGUUCUCAAGUAUACGUUGAAUUUCAUCAUGUCCCGCUGGGGUCUGAAACAGUGGAGAACGAAGAUUGCUUUGCAGAUGGAACAACGAUCCAUUGAGUGGAAUCAUAAAAGUGUCGUCCAAAUCCUCAAGUCGUUGACUACUUUCUUCCAAGCCGAAGUGACAUCAAUUCUCGAGUUGGCAUUGUGGAAAAUAAAAAUCAUUAGCAACUCGACCUUGCAAGAUGAUCCUUCUUCACGACGACAAGAAGAAGAAAAAGAAGAAGUGGAUCGAGAAUCCUGUCGCAUGAUCUGCAAAGCUGAUGUUGUGAUUUCAAAUGUCGUUGGCUUUCUUUGGCAAGAUAAAGACGAAUCAUCCAUAAUUUCGAAUGUCUUGCCGAAUUCCUAUCACAUCAUUUCCAUGGCAGAAAUUUGA